UCCCUCGGCUUCUCAAAGUAUUUCCGGAGCACUCAGUUCAGUAGUGUGCCGUUAGCAGGAAAAUGUCAUCAGACAAGCAUAACGAAUCUAAAAUAUCAACCAUGGAAGACAAUAAAGAAAAUUCACCGGACGGACUUGGAUUGGAAAUUCUGCUGGUCAUCAAGGAAUCCCAGCAGCAGCACGGCCUGAGACAUGGAGAUUACCAGAGAUACAGGGGUUACUGCUCUCGCCGCAUGCGUCGUCUGCGUAAGACGCUGGGCUUCAAGUUGGGCAACAGACACAAGUUCACUGGGAAGAAAAUUACUCAGGAGAUGAUCUCUGACAACAGAUACCUCCUUCUGGUCCUGAUGGAGGCGGAGCGGGCGUGGAGCUACGCCAUGCAGCUGAAGCAGGAGGCCAACACGGAGCCGCGCAAACGCUUCCACCUGCUGUCGCGCCUGCGCAAGGCGGCCAAGCACGGCGAGAGGCUGGAGAAGCUGUGCGACAGCCCCCGCGUGGACGCCAAGACCAAGCUGGAGGCUCAGGCCUACACCUCUUACCUGACGGGCAUGGUCCAGUUCGAGAUGCAGGAAUGGAAGGCUGCCAUGGAAGCUUUCAACAAGUGCAAGACCAUCUAUGAGAAGCUGGCCAGUGCCUUCACUGAGGAGCUGGCCGUGCUGUAUCACCAGCGCGUGGAGGAGAUCUCCCCAAACAUCCGCUACUGCGCCUACAACAUCGGCGACCAGAAUGCCAUCAACGACCUGAUGCAGAUGCGUCUGGCUGCGGGGGGAGGUGGAGGCAUGAUGGCUGAGAAGCUGGAGGCCCUCAUCACCCAGACGAGAGCCAAGCAGGCCGCGUCCAUGAGCGAGGUGGAGUGGCGAGGACGCUCAGUGCCCGUCAAGAUCGACAAGGCCCGCAUCUUCCUCCUCGGCUUGGCGGACAACGAGGCGGCCAUUGCCCAGGCGGCCAAUGAGGAGACCAAGGAGAGCCUGUAUGAGACCCUGCUGGCCGAGUGCAGAGAGACCAUCCACGCCGUGAGGGAGGAGCUUAAGGCUGAGGCGAAGCAGAGAGAGAGAGGCCCUGACGCCGACAGUGGGAAGGUGUCCAACCUGCAGUUCCUGCAUAGCUACCUGACCUACAUCAAGCUGUGGACGGUGGUGAAGAGGAACGAGAGCAUGGCCCACGUGCUGCAGGCCCAGCUCAAGGAGCCCCAGACGGACGAGAACAAGAGGGGGCCCCGGCCCCAAGACCUCAUCCGCCUCUACGACAUCAUCCUGCAGAGUCUGGCCGAGCUGGCCGCCCUGCAGGGUCUGGAGGAGGAUCACACCUUCCAGAAGGAGGUGGCCCUCAAGAUGCUGGUCUACAAGGCCUACAGGUGUUUCUACAUAGCCCAGUCCUACGUGCUGGUGAAGAAGUGGAGCGAGGCGCUGGUCCUAUACGAGAGGGUGCUGAAGUACGCCCACGAGGUCCAGUCCAAGGCCAAGAGCCUCAACAACAGCCUCAAGGAUCUCCCAGAUGUGCAGGAGCUGAUUGCCGAGGUCAACGCUGAGAAAUACUCCCUCCAGGCGGCGGCCAUCUUAGACACGGGCGAUGCACCAGAGGCCCCCUCCCAGCAGCAGAUAAAAGACAACACGCCCCUGUCUGAGCGCCUGGAGACCUUCCGCUUGGACCCCGCCCUCGUCGGAAAGCAGCCCAAUCUGGUUGAGUUUCCACCUGAUUUCCAGCCAAUCCCCUGUAAGCCCCUCUUCUUCGACCUGGCGCUAAACCACGUGGCCUUCCCGCCCCUCGACGACAAGGUGGAGCAGAAGGGCAAGGGCGGCCUGACCGGCUACAUCAAGGGCAUCUUCGGGUUCGGAAGCUAAAUCGAUCUCCAGGCUUCCAUAGGGCCCUCAUUGAUUUUUUUUUAAAAUCAGGCUGCAUGGGGUUACUAGGAUAGGGGCUCCCUCUCCAUCUGAGCUGUGGAAACACUACUGAAACCCCAGGUUCUUGACAUUUCCAUGUCUGGAAACUCAUACAGCCUACAGAUGCACAAACAAGCAUAUAUACACACACACCCAAGCCUCCUUUACAGAGGGGGAAUAAAAGGAUAAUAUAGUGGCCCUGGAAUAUUUUUUUUUAGUUUUUUAUUACCUUAACUCUAAAAGCUCCUAAUCUGGAUGUGAGUAUGGAUGAGGAGGGAGGGAGCAAGUGUUUCCGGAAUGCCACCUCAACACAGUCUGAACGGUGUCUGCAGGUUUUUAGGGAUUGUCCUACCAUCACAGGGGACACUAGACAACACCACUACCAAGCCAUGUUUUUUCAUCCCAGAGCGCAGAAUCACAGUGGGACAAACGAUAUCAAGUGUCCUGAACUGCCUGAAUGUUUGAUUCUUUCUUUUGUUUUGAGUUUUUCUCCGGUCUAAAGCUCAAAUCUAGCCAGUUUGUCUUGUUGUCCUGCAUGCCAGUGAAGGCACCAGACCUAUGUACUGAUUGUAAUGUUAAUUACAUUAUUACAUAUUGGGUUAGAUGGUAGUUCAUUUGACGAUUUUUUUAUUUUAUUUUUUUUACAACUUAUACUUAAAUAUACAUUUAGGGGCCCAUAAAGUCAGGCCAUUUUAUGGCAAUGAAAAU